CAUCACCAAUAAUAUACCAAUUCAUUCAUGUUCUGUAACCAAAAUUCAUUCGUUCAUGCAUGCUCUCUUUUGUCUUUGAUUAUGCACUGACUAGAACAUCAUCAUCAUCAUCAGGGUAAGAAAAAAACACAUUUUCUCUUCCUCUUAUCAACCUUUGCCUUAAAACAAAAACCAGAUUCUGAUGGAAUCCCUUGGAGUCAAAGUUGAAGAAGAAACAAUGCUAAAAGCUGUUUUUCUUCCUUUUAUAUCAAAAAGUCACCUCAUUUUUGUAGUAGACAUAGCAAGGCUUUUUGCUAUGCAUGGUGUGGAUGUAACCAUAAUCACCACACCAUCAAAUGCAGCCAUUUUUCAAACCUCAAUCGACCGCGAUUCUAGCCGCGGUCGUCCCAUUAGAACUCAUGUUGUCAUGUUUCCACAAGUACCUGGUUUGGCACGAGGAAUGGAAAGCUUCAACGCCGACACUCCUAAUGAGAUACGUUCGAAAAUCUAUCAGGGACUCAUCAUUCUCCAAGAGCAAUUCAAACAACAAUUCCGUGACAUGAAACCUGAUUUCAUAGUCACUGACAUGUUCUAUCCUUGGAGUGUUGAUGUUGCUGAUGAAUUGGGAAUUCCAAGGUUAAUUUGUAUUAGUGGAAGUUACUUUGCUCAUUCUGCAAUGAACUCUAUUGAACACUUCUCACCUCAGGCGAAAGUUAAAUUGAAUAGCGAGAGUUUUCUUCUUCCUGGGUUGCCUCACAAGGUGGAAAUGAAACGUUUACAACUUCCGGAUUGGCUUAGAGCACCGAAUGAUUACACUUAUUUGAUGAAAAUGAUUAAAGAUUCAGAGAGAAAAAGCUAUGGAUCACUGUUUGAUAGUCAUGAGAUUGAGAGUACAUAUGAGGAGCAUUACAAGACAGCAAUGGGAACCAAGAGUUGGAGCCUGGGACCAGUUUCUCUAUGGGUGAACCAAGAUGAUUCGGAUAAAGCGGGUAGAGGGCAUGGUAAAGAAGAAGAUGAAGAUGAAGGAGUGCUUAAGUGGCUUGAUUCUAAGAAAGAUGAUUCUGUUCUCUAUGUUAGUUUUGGGAGCAUGAACAAGUUCCCUACUCCUCAGCUUGUUGAAAUAGCUCAUGCACUUGAACAUUCUGGCCAUGAUUUCAUUUGGGUUGUUAGGAAAAUUGAAGAUGUUGAAGAUGGUGAUUUUUUUACGGAGUUUGAGAAGAGAAUGAAGGAAAGCAACAAAGGCUAUUUGAUAUGGGGUUGGGCACCACAACUGCUGAUACUAGAGCAUGCUGCAGUUGGAGCAGUGGUGACUCACUGUGGCUGGAACACUAUUAUGGAAAGUGUAAAUGCAGGUUUGUCAUUGGCAACUUGGCCAUUGUUUGCUGAACAGUUUUUCAAUGAGAGAUUGUUGGUUGAUGUGUUGAAGAUUGGUGUGGCAGUUGGAGCAAAGGAAUGGAGAAACUGGAAUGAGUUUGGGGAUGAUGUGGUUAAGAGGGAUGAGAUAGGAAAGGCAAUAGGUUUAUUGAUGGGAGGUGGAGAAGAGUGUUUAGAAAUGAGGAAGAAAGCUAAAGCACUUAGUGGUGCUGCAAAGAAAGCUAUAGAGGUUGGUGGUUCUUCAUACACUAAGUUGAAACAACUAAUUGAGGAGCUUAAGUCAUUCAAACUUGAAAAAAAGGUUAAUAACAAAUUGGAGGUUGAUUUGGUAUCAACUUAGUAAGCAUCAUUCUACAUUGGAACUAAGUGUUAGACCUUAUGCAUGUGUUUAUGUUUUGGGAAGUUAAUUAAGUGGUCAUUUUCAAUAAGUGUGUUUAUUUCCUUUGUAACAAUGUCUAUGCAAACAUUGUAUUUGUAUGAAAUUCUGAUUGAGAAUAAUGCCUUUGUCUAGAGGUUAGAUCAAUAUUAUUACGUUGUUAUUCAUUCAUAAAUAAUUUACAUUUGGUAAAAGUUUCUAUCA